AUGGAGAAAGAAGAUAUAAAAGUAUUCCUGGGAUCGAAAUACGAUAAUAUUAUACAAAAGGUAGCCGAGACAUACAUACCAAAAGAUUAUGUAGAUAUUACUAAGAAUCUAGAUGCACUUAUAACUCAUGACAUAGCUAUCAUAAAACUAAAAAACCCAUUCCCAAAGGUAAAGAAGUUUUUAGAAAUUGGUGGAAAACCAGAAGACUUUGAAGAUGAGAAAGCCAUAGAAUGUACAUGUAUUGGAUUUGGUGCAAUAAAUAAAUUUGGACAUAUGGACUUUAAAGGAAGAAUUAUGACCACUAACGUCACACAUGGUGAAGAAGCUUGUGAAAAACAUAGUUCUGCGACAAAAACGAAUUGGAAACAAUAUUUGUGUUCGACUCCGGGUCGUCUGACGAUGCUAUGUCAGGGAGACAGCGGUGGUCCAAUGAUUUGCAAUGGCAAGCUUUAUGGAGUAUGCAGUUUUUUUUUAAACUACAAGGAUUUGGGAAGAAAUAUAUGUGGUGGUCCUGACAUGCAGAGUGUGCAUACGUUUAUACACUUUCAUUUAAAAUGGAUUGUUGACUCUGGCUACCACCUUCAACACAGCUACCGUUACAUGUACUCUGUACCCCUGGAUUAUGGAAGUCAAGCAACCGUAGCUAUGUUGGUGGAAGUGUUGUAG